AUGGAGACUCGGUGCGAAGAGGCAGAUGCGUUGCGGGAUGACCUCAAAACUUUGGUCAGCGGAGCCGAGGAGGUGGAUGGCAGCGACGACGCGGAGUCUGAGGACUACGUCGACGUCUGGGAACAGGAAGACCUGUCUUACGAAACGUUUCUCGAAAACUACCUGAGUGCGCGCAGGCCUGUGGUGAUCCGCGGUGUAUGUAAACCGUGGCCCGCCUUCCAAGAAUGGACAGAGCGGCCUGACUCUGCUUCGGACGUGCUUGUUCCCGCAACUCUAGGCUCUGCACUCGCACCUGAACUCUCUUCUUCAGCUUCGUCCAGCGCGACGGCCUCUCCCCGCGUCUCUGCGUGCGCCACUCUGCAUGACACGCUUCUCCGCCGCGCGCUCGAAAGGACUCGUCAGCUCCGAAGGAGACUCCGGCGAGGACGGCGAAGUCGCAGCAGCGCUUGUCAGCUGCCGAGAGACUCACGCGGGCCUCUCUCGCAGACCGAGGGGGUGGAAUCACCGCUGCGCAGCGAAUACGCCGUUUCGUGCGCGAGCGACGCAAAGGGGGAACGACAGCAGCCAGCGCGCCUUCAUCCUCCCCCGCCGUCACUCUGCGCCUGCUGUCGCUGCUGCGACUUCUCCCCUCUGCCAUCCUCAGCGGCAGUCUUCGGCCGCCCGCGCUUUAGCAGCCUGGCAAGCGCCUUUUUAGGCGAAUGCCGAGCCGCGCGCGCCCCGCCUUCGCCAGCCAAAGAACGCGAAAGAAACACGACGCAGAAAGAGGCCCAAGAAGAAGGCGACGCAUCGUGUGCCGGUCGCUGCAUUCAACGCGAAGCUCCCCAGAACGCAGGCCCCGCCAGGCCCGCGAGCCCAGAAGCGCCUCCCAGGACGCGACGCGACGAAGCUGCGAAGGACGGAAACGACGAGAUCGCGGAAAACGCGGCGCAGAAGGAGCGCGAGGAGGAAGAGGAAGCUAGGCGCGGGAGCGCGCUGUCCGUGCCCCUUGUGAACUGUCCAUCUGAGACCGGGGAAACGACAUGCAGCUGCGCAUGCUUUCGGCCGCCGGCUGGAGCCCAACCGAGCGGCGGCGGCGCCGGGAGCGGCGGAGGCGGAGGCGCCAGAGCAGCGCAGGGCGGCAGGGAAUGCAAAGACGACGACGAGGCGCGGGAAGCUGGGGCCUCGCCGCCGCCAGGUCUCUGCAUGUCGGUUCCUUUCCGCGCCUUCUUGCACUACUGGCAAGCGAAGAUGCAGGCCGAGAAGGACGCCGAGCACCAGGAGGCGCAGAACGCGGAGGAAGACGCAGCGGAAAAAACGUCCGCUGACGCCCCGUGCGGAGCGCACGGGCCCUGUCGAGGCGCCCAAGCCAGAGCGGGAGCGAGACGCCCCCUGCCCCCGUUUCCCCGCGCGGCGGAGGCCGCGCCGCCGCCGCAGAGUCACUCAGGCGAUCGGCUGAGGUCUGCAGAGCCGCGCCGCGCUUCCCACCUCUUGCUGCCUUCGAGCGGGUGCCUCGUCGCGGAGUCUGUGCUGUCAGCAGAGGAGCGCGAGGCGGCCGCGGAGCUGCUGCGCGCGCCCGCGCCGUGGUACCUGAAGGACUGGCAUUUUGUGACCGCGGAGCGCACGCAAACGAGAAGCGAACACGCGAAAGAAAGCUGCGCGGUGUCUCGCCGCUCCACGCGACGCCCCGUGCGAAGUGCUCCCCGCGAGGGCCUCAACGAGGCGCGCGCCGAGACGCAGAACGAGGCCUCUGCGAGUCGCGCUUUGCAUCCGCAACAGCGCGAGAGACAGACAGAAGACGUUCACGGAGAAGGACGUGCGGAAGCCUUGCUGCGGCAGCGAGAGGCCCGUGAGGAAGCGAGCAGCGACGGAGAGAGCCGCGGACGCGCCGGAAGCGCCGCGCAGGCCUCGAGCGGCGUCGCGGAGUCAGGCGACGGUGAGGGCGCCGACGCCGAAGCGACAUUGUAUUUCUGCUCCAAGCACUACCGCGUGCCGGCGCAUUUUCGGGAUGACUGGUUGCUGAAGUGUCCCAUCCGCGCAGGGGAGGAUUACCGCUUUGCCUACCUGGGCGCGCGGGGGACGUACACCCCCUGGCACCGCGACGUUUUGGGAACCAGCAGCUGGUCAGCGAAUCUCUGCGGCGUCAAGCGAUGGGUUUUCGAGUCCACGAAGCGCGACUCGCGGCCGCAGCCUCCCUCCUCGCCGUCCUCUUCGCCCCCUUUUUCUGCCGCAGACUUGCGCGACGACGAAGGUCGCGCCCCGCGAGACGCAGAGCCGCCAGCGAGCCGAGACCCCAAUGCGGAGGCCUGUCGCCAGCCGGUGCGCCCGCGCUGCCGCGCCUGUGGCGGCCGCCACGCGGCUCGCCAGAGAGUGUCUUCCUCUUCAAAGUCGCAUCCGCCCCCUGCGCCGCUCGCUCUCGCCUCUGAUUCACGGGCCUCUCCGCGAUCUCCACUGCUCGGCUGUCCGCGGCCGCGCGCCGCGCUGCUUCAGUUCCCCGGCGAGUGCGUCUUCGUUCCUGCAGACCUCCGCCACCGAGUCUGCAACGUGACGGACUGCGUGGCUAUAAACCACAACUGGUGCGACGCCGCGAACAUCCUGCGGGUCGCAGGCGCCCUGAAGGAGGAUUUGGCCUCCGUGCGCGAGUUCUUGAUCGAGGACUUCGGAGAUGCGCGUCCGAUCCUCCGCAGCCUCUCGCGUGGCGGCGCGCGCGGCCCGGCAGGGGGACGGGCAAGCGGCCCGCGCGAGGAAGGAGAGGCGCUCGCGUCGCUGUCUCAAACGGCGGCGGCUGCCUGUGCGCCGUUACUUCGCGCCUCAUCCGCAGCUGCGCCAGCGUCUUUCCACGGUCGCUCGGACUCGCAUGCGGCGCCGGCGUCUGGCCUGUCCUCGCCGAGCGACUCCGGGCCUCCUGACCGCCCCGUCGCCGCGCCGCUCUCCGCCGCGGAGCCGCCGCCCAGCUGUGCCUUCUGCGAGAUCUGCGGAGGCGCACCGCUCGAAGUGUAUCGGCGCGUAGGCGGGCGACACGAGCGAGAAGCGGCUACCAGCGACCCGCCCCUGGAUCGCGUCCCUAAACUGAGGCCUUCCACGGCUGCCCCAGCAGGCGCGGAGGCCGGUCGCGGCGACGGGCCCCACGAAGCGAGCUGUCGUGUCGCUUCAGAGGAUGGCGGACGGAGUCGCGGAGCGACACCUGCCGCGAGACUUUGCAGCUUGCAGGCAGAGGCCGCGACGCAGACUGAGCCAGCCUCUGAAUGCUAUCCGGCCUCCGCCUGCGUCUGCGCUCGCGUCCAAGGUCUGUGGCACGCGGGAGAGAGCAGAGAGCGCGCAGGAGGGGAGAAGACGCCCUUGGAAGGCGAGGAGCUCAGCAGGCGCGCGACGGGCGCGUACGCGGAGCUCGUGAUGUGCGGCGAGAGGAUUUUGUCGGCGAACUGCGGAGUCACCUUUUUCGACUUUUUCUUUUUUCUGCUCCGCGUCACACGCACCUUGCUGAUUCCGAGGCUGAGCCGCCAUGCACGCGCUGCACACAUGCGGAGCGAGACACUAGAGACUGAGUCGAGUCCCUCGGAGCCGCGGAGGGACGGAGAGGCCAAAACAAAGUUCAGCCUGACGGCAUGCGCCUUCGAUGUGCUUGGUGCCCUCCGCGUCGCGCUCCUCCUUCGAGCCCUGUGCCGGGAAGGCUACGUAGCCCUCAUCACGCGAGCGCAAGUUGAGCAGAGACUCCGCGGGGGAGCGGGGGGAAACAGGGGGAACGCGUCCGGCAGACAAAGGGCUGACAGCUCAAAGACAGCUGCGGCGGAAGAGGCGAAGCCCCUCCCUGCGUGGCUCUGUGGAGAGGCCGAGAGUUUUUCCUUUUCCAGCGACACUGCGCGGGCGAACCUCGCCCUCAUCCUCCGCGCGUCGCUUUCGCCCAGCGGGAGUGGGCUGGAAUGCACCGACCCCGGCGCAGAAGAGAGCGUAGGCGCAGAGAAGGACGGCACAGGGGAGUGUCGGAGACAGAGGCUAGCCCUCGAGGAGUAUCACGCGGCGCUGCAGGCGCUGCUGGAAGCUGUACUCGCUCUCGAUGAAGCGCUGGGCGCAGCGCGGGGGAACUCUCUCCGCGAAGAGACUGUGGCUCGUCUCCGCAGACUGCUGCUCGCAGACACAGAUGCAGCAGCGCUGUGCACGGAAGAGUCUGUCGAGUGCACAGUGCAAAAGGAUGACUCAGAACGCGCUCGCGGUGAAGUGGCGAAGACAGAAAAGCGGAAUGUCGAUGGGACCUUCGGGUCCCCGAGAGCGCAGGCGGCCACGGCCGCCUGCGCAAGCCUCAGCGAACGCCGCUUUGACAGACGCGCGAACGGAGCAGCAGAGCCUCAGGCGCGCAAAGGUGUAUGCGCGGAGCAUGACCUGGCGCUGCGCAGUGCAUGUGGGAUGGAGUCGCUCCCGUCGCGUCAGUUGCCUAGCGGAGCGGCCGUCGAUAGGUGCGAAGUCACUGAGUUGCUGUGGCGGCAAGCGUGCGACAUAAUGAAGUUCUCAGAACGCUGGGGAAUCACGUCUUUGCAGCCGUGA